AUCCUGGGAAAAAAAGUUGCAGGACGUUGACCCCAGGUUCACCCUACGUUCACCAGAGUCAGUGGUGUUUGAGUGCGGAACCAGCAAUGGCAGUCAAUGUAAACGCUAAAAUAGUUAUAAUAGGAUGCGGGAUAUCUGGUGUAGCAGCGGCACAGAAACUCGUCAAAGCUGGUUUUCAUAAUGUCCGGAUAGUUGAAGCGACGGCAAGAAGCGGAGGAAGAAUAAAAACAGGCAGACUGGGUGAUAAUAUUGUUGAGAUAGGAGCAAACUGGAUCCAUGGACCAUCCGAGGAGAACCCAGUGUUUUGUCUGGCCCGUCAGUAUGGGCUCCUGGAUCCAGAGGCCCUCACCCCAGAGAACCAGGCCAUGGACGUUGGAGGACAUCCCCCUUGGGUUCCCAACAUCUUCAGCAGUUCAGGUCGGAAGCUGAAUGCUGGGGAGUUGUAUCCUGCUAUUGAGAUGUUUACUGAGCUGCUGAAUGAAAGUGCAGAAUUUGUCAGUCGAGGAGGAGAGCCCUGGACCAAUGUGGGGGAUUUCAUACGGUCAGAGGUGCAACAAAGAGCAGCAGAGAAGUGGAAAGAUGUUGAUGCGACAACCAGAUCUUUGCGACUGUGUGUGAUAAGUAACAUGUUGAAGGUGGAGUGCAGUGUUAAUGGAGCUCACAGCAUGGAUGAGGUCGGCCUGGGGGCCUUUGGCCUAUACAAGACUCUACCUGGACUCGACUGCACAUUCCCAGGUGGAUAUGAAGGUCUAGUCAAAAACAUGAUGUCGGUGCUCCCCGGUGGUUUGGUGACGUACAAUCAGCCUGUGCGCCACAUCUACUGGAACAACACAGAGAAGAGAGAAAACCCUGUGACAGUCGAGUGUGAUGACGGGGAGAAGAUUGCUGCUGAUCAUGUUAUCGUCACAGUACCUCUAGGAUACCUAAAGAAGCACCAUUCAACCCUUUUCCAUCCUCCUCUCCCUCUACACAAGCUGCACUCCAUCCAGAGACUUGGAUUUGGAACAAACAAUAAAAUAUUUGUGGAGUUUGACUCACCGUGGUGGGAUACUGACUGUGAGGUCAUCCACCUGCUGUGGGAAGAUGAGGAUGCCAUGGUGGACCAGGUCCCAGAUGUUCAGAGAUCCUGGAUCAAGAAGUUGUUUGGCUUCACGGUGCUUAAACCCACUGAAAGGUAUGGCCACGUUCUGUGUGGCUGGAUUGCUGGGCAUGAGUCAGAGUAUAUGGAGACACUGUCUGAACAGGAGGUCACAAACGCCGUCACACAACUUAUCCGCAGGUUUACAGGGAACCCUACUAUCACUCCGAGGAGAAUCCUGUGCUCUCAGUGGUUUCAUGACCCCUGGACAUGUGGAUCCUACAGUCACCCUGGAAAAAGCUGUUCAGUGCAGGACCUGCACAACAUGAUGGAGCCCCUGCCUGCGAAGAGAUCACAGUCACAACCCCUGCAGGUGUUGUUUGCCGGAGAGGCUACUCAUCCCUACUACUUCUCCACUGUCCAUGGAGCCAUUCUCACUGGGUGGAGAGAAGCUGAUAGACUCAUCUCUCACUACUCCUCCAACAGUUUGUCUGAACUGUCCAAGUCAAAGCUUUAAAAGAAGAAAUUUAGCAGAAUUAAAGAUGGUGAUUGAACUGUGAUGGCAGAGUGGAUUUUGAUGAUCAUGCAGCUGUUUAUUCAAAUCAGUCACUUAAAAAAAUUGGAAAGUGUCUCAAUGACAUGUAAUAAUGCUAACAUUACUCUGUUGAUUUCAUGGCAUUAAAAUACAAAUUGCAUUUGCUGGUAUUGUCAUCUAAGAUAUGCACUCAACCAACUGAUCAGCACAGUAACAAUAUUUUAAUUGAAUGAAUUGAGGAUCAGACUUUAAAUAUCAAUUGUUGAAGGGCCUCUAUGUAUAUUUUAAUGAAGGAAUAAACUUUGAUUUACACAUGUAGCUGUUUACAAAUCAGCCCAAUAACAAUGCCAUUAUACACUGUCAUAUUUAAGACUUGAAGAACUUCAUAAAUUAUCAACUUUUCACCAAUUAAAUGGUUUAUCAAUUGUUUAUAAAUGUUUAUGAUUGUAAUUGUCAGAUACCAUUAAUAAAUUAUAAAUAUAUUAAUAAAUGUUUUAUUCUUUAAGUUGAGGGAGGUCUGUUAUAGAAGUCUGUGGCUUCCUGACCUCUCCUAUCACAUGUUUUAUUUCUAUCAUCUGGAUUUUAUACGCUUUUAUAUGUGUGUAAAUUUAAAAAUUGAAAUAAAUAUAUGGUUUUAUAAACAGUUCUAUCUUUAGUCAAUGAGUAAAUGAAUUUUAUAAAAUUUUCAGUUCAAUUACUUAUUUCAUUUUUCACUUUGUAUCUCAUAAUAAACGCCUUUCCUUUUGCAUUUGCAUAAA